GUUGAGACUUCGGUGCUUGAGAAGGACCUAUCUGCUUCGCAGGAUGUACUGCUGAACGAUGCGACACUUUAGCUCUUUUACAGCAGUGAGGAUCCUCAAAGAAAAAGUGAACGUACAAACCCGGUGAACAUGACCGGGUUUCUAAGACACAUCUGAUCAAACCAAGUGUCCUGCGGAAGGCUUCCAGAGGCAGUGAAUUUGGAAACAUAAUGCCGGCUUUUGGGCCCAACACUCCGGUUCUGGACUCCUUUUUGGCUGUUAUCGUCGACAGCAUACGAAGCAAGAACGGCCAGCGAAUCACCGAACUUAUCCAACUGGAUUUCGAUAGUCUACCGCCAGAGCAACGAACACUAUACGCCGAUUUGAAUGGAGAGCUGAACCGCACGUACCCUCCAGAGAAGGAUGGAGAGCUCUCCGCGCGAUGUCAGCGAGAUCUGUCCCAGGAUGAGUUUGGGCUCUUCAGCAUUACCUUCUCGGACAGCAUCGUGCAGUACUUUCGCUACCUCAGGGACUUCACUUCAGCCGACAAUCAAGCCAAAGCCUCAAAAAUCAGGCAGCUUACGAGUCAAUGCGUUAUCGCUCUGGGAGAUUCCAAGUAUGGAGUCAUCAUGAUACCUAUCGUCUUGUCCUUUUCACGGACACUAGCAACCAUUGCCACAAAUUUGGACCGGAAUCCUUCUCUGGUCAGGAGUAACGACCUCCUGACGACUCAAAACACAGAGGGUGCCCCCGGGAAAGUCAGCUUCGUUGAGGAUGCCGCCAAUGUCUUGCGCGACGCGUUCAUCAAGUGUCUCGCAGGUAGUCCAGGAGUCCCGCGGAUUUCGAGACCAGCUGCGGAGGACAAGCGUGUGGGCAUCUAUCUGACGGCAGACUCUUGUUUGAAAUUGCUCACACAAUGCCGUAAGCUGCGGAAUGCACAACAGAUGUUCUCCAGCAUUGACGCACAAUCACCACCACUGGCGUACUAUCCAGCCGCUCAACGAGUGACAUACCUCUACUACCUCGGACGAUAUCACUUCGCCAACAAUCAUUUCAUGCGCGCUCAGACAGCACUUCAGGCAGCAUAUGAGCAAUGUCACCGCCAGGCUGUCAAACAUAAAAGGUCAAUCCUCACUUACCUGAUUUCGGCCAAUUUAUGCCUAGGUCGCUUCCCUUCCUCGACGCUGCUGGCACGCCCAGAGGCCGCAGAGCUCGGACCUAGGUUUCUCCCUCUUUGCCAGAUAAUGAGAAGUGGCAACCUCGGGCAGUUCUACCAGUAUCUUGCCCUGGACAGCGAAUCUGGGCAAUGGUUCGUAAGACGUUCCAUUCUACUCCAAUUACGAAACAGGUGCGAGAUCAUAGUGUGGAGGAGCCUGAUUCGUAAAACGUUUCUUUUCAGCGGGUAUAUGGGCGAAGAGAAGAAAGUCCCGUUCCUGAGGCUUCAUUACGUCCGUCACGCUGCCGCCUGGGCCAUCAAGCAGCAAACAGCUCGGUCCAGAGCAAAUGGGUUUGGAUCUCACACGAUGAAUGCAGCAGAAUCAUACGUUGAUCCUGAAUUCGCUGACAUGGAUGGCGCAAUCAACGAAACAGGGUUUGACAUGGAAAGUGGGGAGUAUCUUGAUGACUAUAUCGGGCAGCAUGAGCCUGCUGGCGAGGAUGAUUCUGAAGAGUCGCCGACUAUGACGGAAGUCGAAUCCGUGGUGCUCAGUCUUAUACAGCAGGGGUUUCUCAGAGGGUUUGCGCUGCAUACCAAUCCACGGUUUGCUAUACCGGGAAGUCAGAAGGCAGGAGGACCCAUGAGAGCAGGGUUUCCUGAAGUGUGGAAGGUCAUUAAGAGCAAGGAGGGCGGUGAGCCGGUGCCUGGAUGGGUUGAGGAGGGAAAUCUGGGCUCAGGAGGUAGCAAUGUUGUUCGAAUUUCUGGCGCUCGGCCAGCAGGAGCGUGAUCUGGCAGAUCUGGCAGACCCUCGGAGUCAUCCAGAACGCCUUGCAAGGAUGAUGGACUUGUAUAAAAGGCUCAAUUUUGACGGGGAUUGUUAAAGGCUCGAAACCAGAUUUCGAGGGGUGCAGCAAAGCGAGGCUGAGCAAGAAUAGCAAAUGCUUGGCUGCAUGCGGUGGUCUUAGUGCUCAUCUUGCCGAACAGAUCGUCAUGGUCCUCGUGGUCGUCGCAGCGGAGGGG